AUGAUCAAACCAUUCAUAACUCCAAGAGCUAAUCAAUUGAUAUUUAAAAGAAGUUUCUUUUUCAAUUUUAAAUGGUUUCAAACUCAAAAAUUAAUUUAUCCACCAAAGCCACUGGAAUUUACAACCAAUAAUCGAAUUAUUGAAAAUUAUGUUAAUAAUGAAUCAGAAUUAUCCAAUUUAAUCUUAAUCAAUCAACCAAUCUUACUUAAUUUCACCUAUGCUACUCCCGAAUGUAAUAAAGUAACACAAUCAUUAUUUGAUAUUUUAAGUAAUAAAGAUAAAUUUCCCCAUAAAAAUAAUAAUGAUAAACAAUUCUAUUUAAUUAAUAUAUUAGUUGAUGAACAAGGUGGUCGUGAUUUGUUGAUGAAGUAUGUGGUGGGUAGUAAGGUUCCAACUAUAAUAUUAAUAAACAUGCAAACUCCAGUGGAUAAGUAUAGUCCUGAUUUAAAGACGUUUAGUGAACAAGAUUUAAUUGAAUGGAUUAAGACCAUUGAUUAG